CUGAAGGCGACAGUAAAAUGCUGUCUUGGCAAAAAUGAAAUGUCGUCGGGAUCGAGUAUAAAAGGUGAGUAUCGAACAGAGGCAUUCUCAAAUCCAUAUCAUACACACCAGACAGCAAGACAGCACGACAACAAGUAAAACUUCCCUCACCAAGCCCCUUCGCCAAGCUCUUUCGCCAACCCCCUUCACUAUCAUCAACAAUGUCUCUCUACAGCUCCUCCAACAAGCACACCACCGUCAACAAGCCUGUCCUCACCUCAAAGAUCGGCAGCGCCGGCGAGGGCAACAACCCUUUCGAUGCUCUUGAGUACCUGACCGGGUCCCUUGGCAGUGCUGGAUCCAGCAGCGGCCCGACAUACUACUCUAGGCAGUAGGCAAUUCUGUAUAGCUAUAGAGAUGUAUUUAUUCAAAAUCAACAUUCAUAUGUAAA